CGAAGUGAAGGAGAGGAGAGGAGAGACGAGAAGAGAAGACGAGAAGAGAAGAGAAGAGAAGAAGAGAAGAGAAGAGAGGAGAGGAGAGGAGAGGAGAGGAGAGGAGAGAAGAGGCGAUCUUUGCGGAGGUUGACAGGCGCAUCACGACGGACUUGAUCCUCUUUCCAUUUUUCCCUUUUCCCUUUUUCGACUACGAAGAGAAAAUGAAGGCAGACGCGUUAAAAGAAGAAGUUGCGAAGAUCCUCAACGAGGCUCCAAAGUCCAGGAAGCUGCUUGUGGAAAACUACUCCAACUUCAUGGACGUGGCCGACUACUGCCGCAACAACUACUUGCAGGCCAGUGGUCGCCGGACUUGCCGCCGCCACCGCGUGUACUCGUCCGACUCGGCGCUCUUGUCCUGCUGCUCGCGGUGGAACAAAUAGCGCGGGUGCCUCGAGAUAGGAGCCGCCUCCUCCGAGUCCGGCUUUUCGGGAUAGGAGCCGUCGCCGGGCUUGUGUCAAGAUCCGCGCACGAUUUCGUUUUCAGUGGCGGUACACCACUCGGUGGCGCUAAACUUGCCAACUGAGAAGGAAGAAAGCGCAAAAGUCGUUUUGUCUUUGGAUCCAUGACAAUGGUGUUGAUUGUCUUUGUUGGCUUCAUUUUAGCGGGGAAUCCGAACAAAGAAAUUCGACUCGUAUCUCAAGGCACCACUCCACGCGUGCUCGCGUGCUGCGACGGCACUAAAUUAGGCUCGCUGCAGCUAACCCGUUUUGGUCACCAGUCGGGGGGCGGCGCUUCUGAAGCUUUGGAGGAGACCAAGACGCUGACCGCCCAAUCGCUGGCCAGCAUCGCCUACCAGAUUAGCACGCUAGCCACUAGCGUGCUAAGCCUGCUGGACGCCCAGACCGAUCAGCUUCGCCACAUGGAGUCGUCCGUCAACCUCAUCGGCCAGACGGUGGCGAUGCACCGCGAGAAAGUUUCACGCCGAGAAAUCGGCGUCUUCACAGUGGCGCAACGUGUCCCUUGCGGGCCCAAGAUCCUGAGGGCGCCCGCGCAGCCCCGCCCGCCUUACAGCCGGCGUCCAAUCAGCUAUCAGCAGCUGGACGGCUUGGGUCACGGCGUGAAGCCGACCGGGAAAGAGCCGGAGGGAGCCGGAAGCGUCCGGAUGCCGGCCUCGUCCACCAGGUCCAGCGGCAAAGCCGCGGCAGAAGGCCUCCGCGGUGCAGCGGCGCCCUCUGGUGGCAGCUCCACUUUUAGGAAGGCCGUGGCCCCGCCCACCAUCCCACUCCAAAGAGACGCCCCGGACGAGAGGCCGCCCUCUCCGGCCGACUACGCGGUGACCCCGCCGGAGACUCGACCCUCGGCGCUUUUCCUAUCGGUGACCCCGCCCCCGAGUCUGGAGACAGUACCGGAGGAGAGCAGCCUCCCCCCGCCGUCGCCCCCUCCCCCCGACCCCGACCCGGACCACUCCUUUCCUGUGCCGUCCAAUGAGGAGCCGGAGCUUCCGCCCCCUCCUCCGGCCAUCCUGGAAGUAGACGCCGCCCUCCCGCCACGAAAGAGCGACCCCCCGGGUCGCUGCGUGUCGCUGAGGGUCCGCUCGGGCCCCGCCUCCCGCCGCCGCCGCCACGCUCGCUCUCUCUUCCUGCCGGCCGUCCAAUCGCUGCUGAUCCCCCCGCCCCCUCCUUACCCUCCCCCGUCCGCCCCCCCACGGCCAUCUUCGGCGCAUCGGCUCAGGCUGCCUGCUCGUCUGGAGCACCUCGAUCUGGAGCUCCCGUCGCUCCCGCCGCUCCCUUCGCCGUUAGACAGCCGGCCCGCUUCAGAUGACGCCCCGGCAGCGGAGGAGCUCAGAGGCGCGCCCCCACAUUACCUGGAGAAAGUGGUGGCGCUGUACCGCUACGAGGCCGCCGAGCCCGGCGACUUGUCCUUGGCGGAGGGCGACGUCAUUUACCUGACUCAUCGCCACGACGACGGCUGGUCGGAGGGGGUCCUGCGCGGCCGGCGAGGGUUUUUCCCCGACAAUUACGUCCGAUCCUGCGGCUAGACCGCCGUCCCGGCGGUGUCGGCCUUUUUCAAUGUAUUAAAUCUGUCUGAACUUUAGGAAGCAAGAACAAAAGCGUAAAGCUGCCUUGCAGUCGAGGUGGAAGCAAAGAAUACUCAAGAGACUCCGAAUCAUUUUUUUGUGUCUUAACAGAUGUUUUAAUAGUCAGAUUCACAAACAGCCCCCCGGAAAUUUCGGUGCCAAGCCGCACUUGUAGGUUGCGCCCCUAAGCCCGAUCGGUUCAAUAAAGUGGCAAUUGCGCAGCU